GUCAAGAAUCAACAGGACGUGUGCUGUUCCAAGAAGUUCUGGUGGACCAGGAAGAAGGAGAUGAGAGGAGCCACAUUGUCUGGGUGGUCAUCGGACGCACCAUCAUGCGGUGCUCGGUGCAUUCGGUCAGACCUCUCACGGAGGUGGAACAAGCCGUGGAGGAAAUGAGGAACCAGACGAACCCCAUGGAGUGGAAGAGUCUGACGGACUUGAUCCCGCAGAAGGAGUACGUGGACGUGGUUCACGAGGAGCCUACGGAGGAGGACGAGGAGAAGGUUGAUCUUCCUAAGCAACCUGAUGCCUCGACCAUGGCUCCAGCACCGAUGAGACGGUUGAGAUGGAAACAGCCACGAAUGUCACCGGGGAUUCCGGAGACAAAGGAGGCGGUAGAUGUGAACGACUACCAGCCAAGGUCGCUUCUGGUGGAUGACGAUGCUGGGAUGGAGGAAGACACGGGUCUUGGAGACGGAAAGCCUUUGACCAUUGGUGGAUCGUCUUCGGCAAGGCCACUACUACAGAGCACAUCCUCAAGGGCAUCGGCGGACGAGGUGCAGGAACCCGACGAGACGCGACAAAAGACAGACCACGGAGAUGGUAGUGACGAGUCGGCAAAGGACGAAGAGACGCUGCACGCAGAGCUCUUCGACGCCUUGGACGAA